UUAAAUUUUAGAAUUUCAAAACAAAAAAUUCUACAUUAUAAAUUCUGGUUUGAUCCAUUAGAAAAAAAUUGUUCUUCGUGCAAUGGCGAAACGAAAGCCGAAAUCGAAAUCCAAAUCAAAAGGUCUUUUUCCAUUGGAAAAAGGUCCAACACCAUCGAAAAUGGAACCUAAACAGAUAACGGGAAUUUAUAAAAUUGGUGCUGGCUGUCAAUUUCGUGCCGAAGAAGAUGUUAUUAAAUUUUUUAAAUAUAAAUUAGAAGAUAAAUUAGGCGAAGGUGGUUUCGGUGUCGUUUAUAUGGCCGUUGAUUUAACGAAAAAUACAAAAAAUGCCUGUAAAAUGUGUCAAUUAGGUAAUAAUAUGAAAGAUUCAAGAAUAAUGGACAUGAAAAAUGAAUUGUUUAUCAUGGAAAAAGUGAAACAUUUAUACAUUGUAAAACUGAUGAAACAUUUUAUGACUUUAUCACCAAGUGGUAAUCGUUUAUAUUUAUUCAUGGAAUUAGCUGAUGGUGGCGAUUUCAGUAAAUUGAUCAACAAAUCUGGCCCGUUCACAGAAAAUCAGGCCAAACUUUAUUUUGCUCAAAUUAUUUGUGGAAUCAAUCAUAUGCAUUCAUUGGGCAUUGCACAUCGUGAUAUAAAACCGGGUAAUAUUUUAUUGAAAAAAGAUACAACAUCCAUAACUGGUGAUUAUCUUCUGUUGGUUACCGAUUUUGGUCUUAGUCGAAUUCAACAUCAUGAUGCACAAGGUGAAAUAGCAUUGAAUCGAACCAUAUGUGGUACUCCGAUUUUUAUGGCACCAGAAAUUUUACUUCGAAAACCUUAUAUUGCAUUCGGUGUGGAUAUUUGGGCACUGGGUGUUACACUUUUCAUUAUGAUGACAACAAAAUUACCAUUCGAUUUUCGUGAUCGACAACAAGCUGUCAAAGAUAUGGUGGCAAAAAAAUGGGAUUUCGAACAGGAUCGUAUGAAAGCGAAACCAUCGAAAGAAUUACGUACACUUGUCGAACGUAUGAUUGAACCAGAUCCAAGUAUUCGUAUAACGAUGCAACAAUUGACCAAAGAUCCAUGGCUAAUCGAAUCAUUUAAUCGAGCACAAAAUAAAGCUAAUCAAUUGAAACGAAAAAAAAAAAAAAUUCAAUUUGUUGAUUUGAAAUUUUAUGUUCCGUUCAUAAACGACAUAUGAACAACAUUCGCCAUUU